UCGAACUUUGUAUAAGGGUUGCUCUACAACAAAAACAUUUAUUAGUGGAGAGUCACCCAAGUUGAACACGAGUUGGCCCUUGCUUUCGGAAUAAUAUAAGCGUGGUGCAUUUGAAAGAUCAACAAUAACAGCCUAAAACCGGUAUUCAAGAGUACUUUAGCUUCUAUUGUGGACGAAUACAUGCGCUUCGAUGGUGUAUGUUUGGUUUCUGGAUGAGGAACAUUAUUAGCGACCAUAAUUGUGGUCGAACAUGAGCUUGUACAGCACGCAUUGGAUGUAAACGAGUUCAUCAAAUAAAAAGCAGACGACAUAGCGAGUUAUUUAUUGAAUGUAUGCUCUUUUAUAUGGUUUCUUCCAAUUCGUUUCCAUUUGUCUGCUAGACUGUGCUACAAACCAUUUCUUCGAUGGAUAGUAAUGAGAACAACAAGGUGUCGUUUGCCAAAGCAGAUGAAGUCAUUCCCCCCACAGCCGACAACUACGAUGCCGUCGACCGAUACGUUUUCGGCAGUAUUCGUCGCUCUGUCCGGCAAAGUUCUUUGUCGCACGCCCGUAAGGUAUCGGUAGCCAACUCAAGCCAAGGGCCCGGCAGCGACAUCGAGGAGGAAAUCGAACUGGACGUCGACGAUGAGACUUUCGACGAACACGCCGCCAUCGCUAAGCAUAUAGAAGAAAACGUGGUCGGCAACGAAACGGUGUUCGAUGGACCUUAUGGAAACAGAGAGAUUGUCUACUGCGAUUAUACGGCUUCGGGAAGGGCAGUAAAAUUCAUCGAAGACUACAUCACGGAACAUGUCCAGCCCCUGUAUGCCAACACCCACACAACUACUGGCCUAAUGGCUAGACAGACAACCAAAUUCAGGAAAGAAGCAAGGGAUAUCAUCAAGAAGUGUGUGAACGCCACGGAUGAUGAUGCGCUCAUCUUUACUGGUAGCGGGACCACUGGGGCUGUCAAUAAGCUGGUAUCGGCUCUCUUGCUGAAAGGAGAACGGGCCAAGAAAACAGUUGUUUUCGUGGGACCAUAUGAACACCAUUCAAACCUAUUGCCUUGGAAGGAAACCGGAGCAAAGGUUAUAAGAAUACGUGACAACAGCAGAGGUCUGAUCGAUAUGGUUGCUCUGGAAGAGAGUUUGGAGAGGUAUCAGAAGAAAAAUCGCUUUCUCAUUGGUUGCUUUUCAGCAGCGUCCAAUGUGACAGGUAUUAUUUCCGAUACUCACCAAGUGGCGGCGCUCUUGCACAAGUAUGGUGCCUUGUCUUUCUGGGACUAUGCUACUGCAGGUCCAUAUCUUGCCAUUGAUAUGAAUCCAAGUUCAAAUGGAUCUGAUGAUGAUUUCAGCAAAGAUGCCGUGUAUCUAUCCCCUCAUAAGUUUGUUGGCGGUGUUGGAACACCAGGAAUUCUCAUUGCAAAGAAAAAACUCUUCCUAAACAAAGUACCCACUUCUGUGGGCGGUGGAACUGUCCUAUAUGUGACCAAUGAAACUCAUCAUUACAUCCACAAUAUUGAAGAAAGAGAGGAAGGAGGGACGCCCGCUAUUGUCGAAUCUAUUAGAGCUGGACUUACAUUCAGACUCAAAGAGUCAGUGAGCACAGAAUACAUAGAAAGGAGAGAGGAAGAACUGACCAAGCUAGCCUUUGCCAAAUGGAAAAAGAAUCCGAACCUGUUGUUCCUGGGUAGUAGUCGGGCCAGUCGUCUUCCGAUCUUCUCCUUCAUGGUUGUUCAUCCCAAGACUGGUAAAAUGCUCCAUCAUAACUUUGUGGCUGUUCUCUUGAAUGAUCUCUAUGGUAUCCAGGCGAGAGGUGGCUGUGCGUGUGCUGGUCCCUAUGCACAGGACUUACUUGGAAUAAAUGAAGACCUCGCAGAGAGAUUCGUCUUCUUUUUGACGGAUGAAAGCAAAGAAAUGAACGAAAAGAAGGGGCGAAAAAAUCAGAAGAGAGACAAAGAUACUACAGCUGCAUACAAGAAGAUGAAGAAGACAAAAGCACCACUAGAAAUCAUGAAACCUGGAUUCGUCAGGCUGAAUCUUCCAUUCUUCUUUUCUGAUAACGUUAUUAGUUAUGUUCUUGAAGCAGUCGAUGACAUCGGAACGAAUGGCUGGAAAAUGCUAUCUCAGUAUAAAGUAGACCCUUUUACAUCAGAGUGGCAGUAUGUCGGCACUGUGAAGGAAGAAUCCAAACCCAGUAUACCAGCCGCGGGGGAUAGCUUGUUAAAAGCUACCUUUAUCGAGGGCAAGUUCAACGCCCCUCCCAGCCCCUAUGUGAGCCACAAGAUGAAGGAAAAUGGGUCACAGUACACGACAUACCUUCAGCAAAGUAAUAAACUGAUGAGAGAGGCAGGCCAUCAAUGUCAGUUCCCCCCUGAAGUAAUGACAGAUACCGUUGGACCAUGCAUAGGUGACCCGGAUCUGAUCUGGUUUAUGCGUCCCUUCGAAGCCGUCUACCAUAUCCGGUUCCCCGAGGCUGAUCCUAUGGACCCUAUUCCAAACCUUACUGAAGGAGACGGUUCGGCAGGAGCAGCAAAUGGAACCAUCACUUCUGAUCCACGCUCGAAGCUUACGCGUGCUCCAUUCAAACCAAAACGUUACACCAAGAGGAGUUUGUCACGACGGUUCUCAUUUAAGAAACCUCAACAGAAAGGGAAGCAUAAGAAAGAUUCCGCUGGCAAAUGUUCGAUUAUGUGAAGUACUUUAGUUACCACUUUCACUUUGACUAUACUCUGAACGUAUCAUUUGGCAUGUGAUUAUCACAUGACUAUUUGAUUUCGAAUCCUGAUAUUCAAAUACAUAAGCAGUUUUUUACGCCAUGAUACUUUUAUUUUUUAGCAGACUAUUACUUGUCCUUUAUCUUAAUGAUAAAGACAGAGAUAUUAUAUGGGGUCUUCACUUGCACAUGAUUUGCAUUUCACCUGACCGAGUCAUGCAGUGCCUAGGAAUGUGUUACAAAUCAUUGAAUUAUGGGAAUUUGGAGCUAAACAUAUACAAUAGUUCUUCUAACCCCAAAAUAACCCAAAAUACAUCAUGUUGAAUAAAUAAAGGAUCGAUCUUUUGUACAUUAAAAUGUAUUUGUUAUCUCAUGUAUAUUGUUAUAUUUUUUUUUCUGAAAGCUUGCCGGAUAAAAAGAAUAUUGGUGAUUACCAAAUUAAUGUAGGCAUGAUCAUUUUUAUAGAAUGUGAUUAAAAGUACUUUCUUGUCUAUAUAACCAACUUUAUGUCUUUCCUUUGCAAGUAGGCCCUACUAAUUUUUACUGAAAAAAAUUGGCCUUUUAAAAAUAUAUUCAUCGCUGAUCUUUUGGGAGGUUCUGUAUUUUUUUAACAUUCUAAAUAUCGAAUUGGCUCAAGACAGUAUAGGUCUAUAUACGUUGUCAAAGGAGGCGAUAAGUCGACGGUAGGCCAUAAAUAAGUUACAAAUGUACAAUAUAUAUAUUUUAUUCUCGAUAUGAUGAAAAUGUGUAAUGGUUAUUGAUAUUUCUGUGAUUAUCCUGUUAUUGUUCCUUCACUCAUUUUAUGCUUUGAUUAUUUUCAUAAUGAAUGAUUGUAAGUUAAACACUUUUAAAUGGGUUAGAAAACGUGAUCUUGAAGAAAAGUCUUAAUCUAACUCUUUACUAAAAUUUGCAAAAUACAGCUAUCUUGUGUUCCUGUAUAUUAUUUUUGUUGACGAGAUUAGAAUUUGAUCACAAAUCCAGAUUUUAACUCUCUUUCAAUUGCUUGCCAAUGAAAAACUGAGACUUGUGCACCGAUCAUAUAUCACCAGACCGCAGGCAGCGAAUAUUAACGAUUGCAUUUAAGCAAACUGCCCUUUCUAUAUGAUUUGAAAGUGUACCGUCAAACAGGGAUAUGCCAAUUUGUAAAGAAAUACAUAGUUAAGACAAUGCAAGCCCGUACAUGCGUUUUAGGACGUUCACUUUGUCAUGAUUAUAAUUACUAGGUUUUUAUAUUACAAAAACGCAGACCAUUUGAGUUUCGUUGGCAGAAUGUUUAUAUGUAGACGAGUGUGUGUGUAUCAUUAUACUUCUGCAAUUAUUUACAUUACGGGGUUUUUGUUGACAUUUUAAUCCUGACAAAAAUAAUUGAAUUAUUAUUGCUGAAUGUUCUUUGAUCUCUCACAAUAUUGUAGGCUUAUUCAAUUUACAACUUAUCGAUAGAAAUUUAUGUAUGUAUUCAAUUGAAACCUGAAAUAGACUUCUUAAAUUUAAAUAGCUAAUGAUUAUCGAUGUCGAAUUAACACGGAUUGCUUUUAAAGCUUAACCCUAACUAGACAGGGGGCAUACCAGGCCCCUCGACGCUUCAUGCGAUCAGUCCAUAUCGUGAGAAGAUUUCGCCUCGACGUUUCCUCUGGUGUUUCCCCGACUUUAUUCUUUCAUGCCCCGCACAACUACUGAUAAAAAUCAAUUGAUUACACGUUUCUUUUGAUUAAAUCUUUCAUAAAACAAACAAAAAAAGUAGAAAAAAGAAAAACCAUCAGAUGCAAUAAUCACAUUUUGAUAUCGAAAAUUUUCGUAGUACUCUAUACAUUGAUGUGGAAGAGGUUCAUCGUGGUGAAAAAUUGUGUAGACGAACUAACCAGUUGUCUCACUACGUUUGAUACAUCUCGAGACAACUGGUUAUUUCUUCUACUCGACUCACUACAUUAUUAUAAUUUCCAACAUUAUGUCCUAAUUUAGAGCAUUCUAAUUUCACCAUUUUUUUUAAAGCAUACAAAAAAAAUGAAAUGACUCCAUUUAUUCUUCUCGAAAAGGAACUUACAGUUCCAUAGAUUAUGCCAAGGGCGACUAUAGUGUAUCAAUUUUCGGCGCGAUCGCAUGCCAAAAUCACACCCCUCUCGUCUGUACGAGAAUGCUGUAUAAGAGUCUAGGUGCUUAACUAAAAUGGACAAACCAUUAUUUUUAAUUGGGUAAUUAUAUUGAAGAAGCAAUUAUAGAUAACAUGAGAUCUCACGUGCAUUAAGUACUUCUGAUUUCAUCCUGGUGGGUGUUUCAUAGAGCUGUUCGUAAGAUAAGAGCGACUUAAAGAACGACUGGUUAUCCUUGUGGUAAAUGAUAUAAUUAAUUGGCGAUGGUUUACCGCGUAAGAAAGGAUCACCAGUCGUUUUUAAAGUCGCUCCUAACUUACGAAUAGCUUUAUGAAACGACCCCCUGGUAGUACUUUACUUUUUAAUGAAUUACACCAAUCAAUUGUUUAUACUACAUAGCACAUGCAAAACAAAUAUUUUUUUUUGUUGUUAUAUACUCAACCAUGAGCGAAAUGUUAGUUAACCUAGUUAUUUACUUUAUCAUACCCCAUAACAGUUCGUUGCGGAAGGUGCUGCAACGUGGCCUUAGUAUACAUUAUCCCGACUUAUAUUUUUCUAUGAAAUUUCAUGCUAUGGUUUGAAUGUAUGUCAUGUUUAUAUUUUGUGAAAUAAUUCAAUUUUGAUAAUAAAUGUAAAUAAUGUUUUGUCUAUGGAAUGAAUAUUUUGGUCAUGAAAUUAAAGGAUAUGAAUUUA